GACUGAGCAUGUUGGGUAUUUACAAAUAGGCCUAUCCGAUUCUAAGAAUGCUGCUUUUGCAAGCGACAAUUAUCCAAAGUUAAUAACUUAUAGGCCUAAUGCAAUUUCGAACGACAUGAUGAAAACAGAACCUUACACUGCGUGUAACCUGUAUUUCAAACAGCCUCCACUUGCGCGCAAAAUAGCCAUGCAUUGCAACCUGCAAAUUAUUAUCAAACAGGUGUACAAUAGGGGGGCCAAAUCGAGGAGUCUCGCGCUUAGGUGUGAGCAGAUUAUUCAAAUAGGGGCCAAGCGAAGAAGUAGGGAUUGGAGGCUCGCCCAGCACACAGAGCUAUAUCAUAGAGUUUACAGCCAGCAGCCAACGUCAUUUGAACUCCAGUCAUCAUCAGACGUCUCUCCACGCCCGUGGACACAGCACGGCUGGCUCAAAGACACACAUGCGUCAGUCCUUGACAAGGGAGCACGCCGACGACCCAAGUUGUGGUUCGAAAUAACAACCUUUUCGUGGAGGACGCAUUGCCUUUUCUUCGUCGAAGAAACGGUUUGAGAAGUGGGCGAAACUUCCAUGAUGCUUGGAGCAGUCAAAAUGGAAGGACACGAACACUCAGACUGGAGCACUUACUACGCCGAACCCGAGUGUUACACAUCGGUUGGCAACAUGAACACGGGACUGGGAAUGAAUUCAAUGAACACUUAUAUGAGUAUGUCCGGAAUGAGUACGACGGCCAACAUGACAGCCAACUCAAUGAACAUGUCCUAUGUCAACACAGGAAUGAGCCCCUCGAUGACGGGCAUGUCACCGGGCCCUGCAGCGAUGGGGGGCAUGGGCGCAAGCAUGGCUGGCAUGAGUGCAGCUCUGAGUCCCAGUAUGAGUCCCAUGGCCGGGCAACCACCGUCCAUGAAUGCCUUAACCUCGUACACCAACAUGAACGCCAUGAGCCCAAUGUAUGGACAAUCUAACAUCAACAGAUCAAGGGACCCGAAGACGUACAGAAGGAGCUACACGCACGCCAAGCCACCGUACUCGUACAUUUCCCUCAUUACAAUGGCCAUUCAGCAGUCGACUAGCAAGAUGCUAACGCUAAGUGAGAUCUACCAGUGGAUAAUGGACCUUUUCCCAUUUUACCGUCAGAACCAGCAGCGCUGGCAGAAUUCCAUACGCCAUUCGCUUUCCUUUAACGACUGUUUCGUGAAAGUUCCCAGAUCCCCGGAUAAACCCGGCAAAGGUUCAUUUUGGACACUGCAUCCAGACUCUGGAAACAUGUUCGAGAACGGUUGCUACCUGAGGAGACAAAAGCGGUUUAAGGUCGAUCUAAAAAAACUCGGCAAAGAGUCCGGGAAAAAGACUUCGGAGGGUGGAUCUAGCAGUUCGGAGAGCUGCAAUGGAAACGAAUCUCCCCACUCCAAUUUAUCCUCCAAUGAACAUAAAAGGUCGCUCUCAGACAUGAAGUCAAGUCAGGGCUUGAGUCCAGAGCACGCAGCCUCGCCGACCUCGCAGGCGCAGCACCUACUCGCGCAACACCACUCGGUGCUGGCGCACGAGGCGCACCUGAAGCCGGAGCAUCACUACUCUUUCAACCACCCUUUCUCCAUUAAUAACUUAAUGUCAUCAGAACAGCAGCAUCACAAAAUGGACCUUAAGACUUACGAGCAGGUGAUGCACUACUCUGGCUAUGGCUCCCCCAUGGCCGGAGCCCUAUCCAUGGGCUCGAUGGCUGGCAAAGCUGGUUUAGACUCUUCAACCUUAGCCCCAGAUACAUCAUAUUAUCAAGGUGUGUACUCUAGGCCCAUAAUGAACUCUUCUUAAAAUAAAAGAAGGGUGAUCCCUGACGGAUCUUUUCCACAUUUGUACAUUUGUAAAAUUUGAAGUUUACCCAUAUGUAUCUCAAAUAUUUUCGACGUUUCCCACUGAUUUAGUUGUGAAGUCUGAUUAGUAAUUAUUUUCAAGUGUUUUGAAAGAAAAGUAUCGGACUUCGACUCUCAAUGCGGAUCAAACAACCUGACUUUAACACAUCUGAAUAUAAUGGGGUUCUCUCAGGACUUGCGGGAGGGCGAACCUCUUCAAUUCUUUGUGUAAAUCUUUAUUUAUGGCUUGUAAAUGUGUAUACUUGUAGUUGACCGCAAGAACAGAAAGUAUAUUAAAGUGUUAUUUGGAUUUUU